GUAUAACACUACAAGGUAUCGCGAAGGACACCAAGGAUAAAUCACUACUGCAACAUAGAACCGCGAAACGUUACGCAAUGUACUACGAACACACAACACAUUGGUACAACGUCACACGGGAUUGGAACAAAGGUUGG